AGGCCCCGCACGGCCGUAGUCCGCACUCCUCAGUCCGCUAGUCCGCAGUAUUAGUGGCGAGCUGGUUUGCGACGGUUAUUCGUCGGUCAAUUUUUUUCGAUUAUUAUUAUUACUAUUAUUAUUAUUAUUAUUUUCUGCGUACGUCACAUAUUUUUCCGCACGCCGUCGUCGUACGGGUACGACUUGCUGGCGCGUUAAUAUCGAUAUCGAGUCGUAUUAUUAUUAUUAUUACUGUUAAUAUUAUUAUUGUGGUUCCGAGUGUGUCUUUACAGCUUUCUGUACGGUGCUUGUAGUUUUGCGAAUAAUAAUUAAUAAUAUAAUGUGACCGGUCCGGAAACUACGCGAGAUGUGCAGUGUGUGUUACCGCAGAUUUUAUUGAAUUAUUCGGUUUGCCCACGAAUUCUGUACCGAUCGACAGGCGACGUGACGACCAUGUCGGCCGACGCCAAGUGUCCGUUGAGCAUCGUGGACAUGCUGCUCAACGAUACGUCGACGCUGGACGACUUCGACAAGCCGGCUCCAGACGACGACACCGACAGAGUAUUGAACUGGGACCUGGAGAACGACAAUUUCCUUGACUCUCUGCUGAAAAUGGAAAAUGACACGACACCGUUUGAGUUUUUGUCCAGCAAUGAUGACUUCAUGUCGAGUGCGGCCACCACGCCGAGAUCCUACGACAACGCCGAGAGCAGUUCAUGUUCAGACAGUGGACUUUCAUCUGUGGAUAAUAUGCCAUUCAAUCCAAUAUCAGAAUCUACUCAGUCUGAUGAUGUCAAACCUAAAAUGGAAUUUGCAUAUGAUUCUUUUGUCAAAGAGGAAAUAAUAGAUAUUGAUGAUGAAGAAGAAAUUGAUGAUGAUGAUAUUAAACAUGUAAAAUAUGAAGAAAAUGACCAUAAAGAUGAUAAUAGUUUAGAAGAAAAACCUACUAUUAUUCAACAACCACAAUUAUUGAAAACUACACCUCGCACAGUAGUGAUAUCACCAAAACAGUCUAAAGGGCCAAUUGGUAUUUCUAAACAUUUGUCAAAACCUGUUUUUAUACCAAUAAAUUUAUCUAAUGUCAAAACAAUUAAGGUGGUUAAUCAGAAUGGUAAAACAAUCAAUGCUGAUGCAUUCAGACGAUUACAGUCCAUAAACAAUGGAAGAAGAAUAUUUGUGAGGAAUAAUGGUUCUAUGGUUUCAAAAUCCAUGCCUGCAUUAAAACAGACCAAAAUUGUAAUGUCUGACUGUACAAGUGAUGAGUCCGAUUCUAUGUAUCCACGGCUUCAUUUAUCAAAUGAAGAAAGAAAAUUAAUGGAGAAAGAAGGAAUUAAAUUGCCGUCACAUUAUCCUCUUACAAAGCACGAAGAAAGGGAUUUGAAGCGAAUUCGUCGUAAAAUAAGAAAUAAAAUUUCUGCACAAGAUUCAAGAAAACGAAAGAAGGAAUAUGUUGAUGGUCUUGAAGAAAGAGUUAAACAGUGCUCUGAUGACAAUAGUAAGCUUAUAAGAAAUGUACGCUCACUUCAGACUGAAAAUGAAAGAUUAAGAGCAGCUUUAAAACGUUUACAAAAUGCUAUCACUCCAGGCGGUACAACAGCACAACCUGCCACAUGUCUAUUGGUUCUUAUGAUGUCAUUAGCUUUAAUAGCAGCACCUAAUUUGAGGCCUACAGUAACUGACGAAAAAGAUAUAAUGUCUAUAGAAGGUCAGGAGUCUAAUACAGCUGUUCCAGGUCGAUCGAGAAACUUGUUAUUCUCCAAAUCAGGAUCACCUUUGAGCACCAGUAAUUUAAAGGAUAUGCUAAAGAUGGUCGCAAAUGGAUCAGCUGAUGGCCAAAGUGAUACCAUUAUGGCUGAACUUGGCGAACUGUUGGAUUUCAAUAAAAGCAACAAUAAAGAUCAUGAUUAUUCCAGAACAGCAAUGGAAGAUUAUUAUAUACCCGAGUCCGAUGAUGGUUGGACCAAAGCUACAAAACGCUCUGCUCCAUCUGAGUGGAACAAUGAAUUAGUAAAACCAGAUGUUAAGAAUAAACGAGAUACAGAGCGUGUGAUUCUUGUGUCAAGCGAUGAGGAAUCUUAUUAAAUGAGAAAAGAAAUUGUAUUGGUGAGCGCAACAAGAGUUCUUUACUUUAUGUCACUGCUGUACCACUGAUUGCUCUCUAGUGGCAUAACAAUAUCUCGAUUCCAUUUUUAUUUUGUUUUUUUUGAAGGUAUAAUUUACCUUAAGGCUCUUCUGUAAAAUUUACUUUUAGAUAAUUUUUAUUUAUAAACCAUAAAAAUGCUUUUUAACUAUUGUUUGACAUUUAAUUAUUAUAUAUUUAGUAUUAGGACUAUCAACUAGGUAAUGGGACACAUAAACAAUACUAGUUAAUUUUAUUAUUAUAAGGAAUGUGAUUUUAAAUGUUGGUUUGUGUAAUUCUUUUUUUUUCUUAAAAAUAUAUUGUAUUAUCUUUUGUUGCGUGAAUCAAAUUUGAAUUUUAAGAAUUAUUCAUGAAAUUAAGAAUUUUUAUUCAUAUUUUUAAACAGGUUAUAAAUUAUUUUCUCUGUUUUUAUACUAUCAUUGUUUUAUGAGAAUAAAUUCUUAAUCAUCAAACUAUCAAUAAAAAUUAAAAAAAAGAAA